AUGUCGUACAGCACAUCGUCACCCGCCGCUAGAGCUCCUCUAGCUGGCCGUACUGCUAGCACCAUCGCUCAUGACCGUACUUUGAAAAUCGUUACGGAAAUGCGUAGCGGAGCUGGCUCUGGAAUGUCUCCAUUCGGCCAGAAUGCCGCGAGUACCAUCAGGGACUCUCGCGAACGCGAAAAGAAGGAAAUGUCUGAUUUGAACGAUCGUCUCGCCAAUUACAUCGAAAAAGUUCGUUUCCUUGAAGCUCAGAACCGUAAGUUGGCUACUGACCUCGAUAUGCUUCGUGGCAAAUGGGGAAAAGAUACUCACAACAUCCGCAACAUGUACGAAGGAGAAUUAUCUGAUGCUCAAAAGCUCAUUGAAGAAACGAACAAACAACGAAAGGAUGUUGAGAAUCAGAUCAAGAAGAUGCAAGAUGAACUUGCUGAUAUCCGCCGAAAAUAUGAAGAAGCUGUUCGUGGAAGAGAACAAGACAGAGCCAAGAUUGAUGAUCUUCUUGUUAAGCUUAGCCAGCUCGAGGCUGAAAUUUCUCUGCUCAAGAGACGUAUUGCUCAACUUGAGGAUGAAGUCAAGCGUAUCAAGCAAGAGAACCAUCGUUUGAUGAGUGAGCUUCAACGUGCUAGAACUGAUUUGGAUCAAGAGACAUUAAACAGAAUUGAUUAUCAAAAUCAAGUUCAAACUCUUCUCGAAGAGAUCGAUUUCCUUCGACGAGUUCACGAUUCUGAGAUCAAGGAUCUUCAGACUUUGGCUUCUCGUGAUACUACACCUGAGAAUCGCGAGUUCUUCAAGAAUGAACUGUCUUCUGCCAUCAGAGACAUUCGUGAGGAAUAUGAUCAAGUCAGCAACGUUCAUCGUAAUGAUAUGGAGUCUUGGUACAGAUUGAAGGUUCAAGAGAUUCAAACUCAGAGCGCUCGCCAGACUAUGGAACAUGGCUAUGCUAAGGAAGAGGUCAAGAGACUCAGAACUCAACUCAGCGAUCUGAGAGGAAAGUUGGCUGAUUUAGAAAGCCGCAACUCCAUGCUCGAGAAACAAAUCCAAGAGUUGAACUAUCAACUUGAAGAUGAUCAAAGAUCCUACGAAGCUGCCCUCAACGAUCGCGAUUCCCAAAUCCGUAAGAUGCGUGAGGAAUGCCAAGCCCUUAUGGUCGAAUUGCAAAUGCUCCUCGACACCAAGCAAACCCUUGAUGCUGAAAUCGCCAUUUACCGCAAGAUGUUGGAAGGAGAAGAAAACCGUGCCGGCCUUAAGCAACUUGUUGAACAAGUCGUUAAGACUCAUGCCAUCACCCAAGAGACAGAUACAGAGACAAUGAGAGUUGUCAAGGGAGAAACAGCUUCUCGACAAUCCUUCCAACGUUCUGCCAAGGGUAAUGUCUCCAUCCACGAGGCCUCUCCUGAUGGAAAGUACGUCGUCCUCCAGAAUACCCACCGCUCCAAAGACGAGCAUGUCGGUGAGUGGAAGUUGAAACGCCGAAUCGAUGGAAAGCGCGAGAUUGUGUAUACCUUACCUAGAGAGUUUGUCCUUAGAGCUGGAAAAACAGUGAAGAUCUUCGCCCGCAACCAAGGAGUUGCUUCCCCACCUGACCAAUUGGUCUUCGAUGCUGAAGAUUCCUUCGGAACAGGCAAUUCCGUCCAAACCAUCCUAUUCAAUAAGGAAGGAGAGGAACGCGCCACUCACAUCCAGCGUCAGAGCACAGCUUAA